UAAAUUGUCUAUUUUAGCUCCAACAACCGUGUUUGAGGACGAAAUCGGUUCACCACCGCUCCAUUUCGCCAAACCGUUUCAGUUCAGUGAACAAAAAUCUGCUAAAUCGGACUGUUUGAAAGCUUGAAACCUCCUUCGUCCUCACGUCAAGCAGUCAAAAGGCAAGCGUCAUUGAAGUACAUUUUGUUUCCCUAGGCAGCGCUGAAAAAACGGCAGAAAGCACAGGCAUAUGUUUGCACCGUUCGAGCAACAUUAGUGUGCGGUGAGAAGGAAAACUGAAAAAAACAAUGGUUCGCAAGUUCUAAGCAAACGCAAUCCACGGCUGAGAUGCUGCCAGUAGCCCGCUAACAACAGCUGAGAAGGUCUGCGUGCUCAUUGUUGUUUACGAAGGGCCCUUACAGGUUGAUCAUGUUAUUUUCCCGUUCCCGUGCGGUAAUAAUAGUGGCAGUGUUUGGUUGGGACUGAAACCCGCUCCCAUGUGAGGCAAACCAUGUGAAGGAACACCCAGGUGCGAACCAGGAACGUGUGUGUGUGCGUGUGUUGUGUGUGUGUGUGUGUGCGUGUUGUGUGUAUGUGCGCCCGCGGGCAAUAAUGUAGCACCCCUGAGAGUGAUUGUGUGCGUCUAACCCGCCGCAUAUUCUGUGUGUGCAAAGUGCAAGUUUUGAAGUGGAAAAGAAGAAGAAGAAGAAGAAAACAAGGGAGAAAAGUGCAUCCCCCCCAUCCAGCCAGAUCCGCCGAGAAGUCAGUUCGUGGCUGAAUGGAAUGUGCGCUGCGGGUUUUCCGACUGGCCGCAACAUCAACAACAACAACGCCACGAUAGGAAGGUAGUGUUUUUCCAUCUGGCAGCAGCGACUGUGAACACUACAAAGGGUGAAGAUUCGGAAAGUGCUUUAUUCAAGAUUCGCCAUUUGGAACCCCACAACACACAACAAAACGUCGUGCUGGUUCUAGUUGUUUGUGCAUCACGCGAAGUAACUUGCUUUACUCCCGUCGCCCUUAGUAACCAGGAGCGAAAGUAAAGAAUUGGUUUCAUCACAACUGGGUAUUGAAGUUGCGAAUGGUGGUUGUUUUCCACCAAACGUACCCCAUUCUAGCGGACGGCGAAUAAACACACAAGGUUUCUUAUAAAAGAGAUCCCAACCCCGAUACCGACGAAUAGACGCACCCUGGAGGUUUCGCUGCACCGACGACGACGCCGACGACUACAACGACAACGGCGACGGUGACACAGCAUCCUAAAUGCAGCGAAAAUCGAUCGAACCGAAAAGAAAAUAGCACACACAAAAAACCACGGUGAAAACGGUCCCACAGAAACGGAACCAUAUAUGUGUCUGCUGCCCGGGCGAACGCACUGGAUCGGUGCCGAAGGCUAAAGUAUGUUCUCUGGCAGUUCGCAUGUAUCGAUCACGGAUGCGGCUGAUUACGACUUCGAGAAUGCGGAAAAUGCAGCCAAAUGGAGGGGCCUGUUCAUUACAUCGCUGCGGAAGGUGCUGGAGCAGGUCCACCCAUCGUUGCAGGCCAAGGAGGACGCGCUGCUGUACGUCGAGAGCCUCUGCCUGCGACUGUUAGCGACACUGUGUGCGAAGCCACCGCCGCACACGGUUAUGGACGUGGAGGAACGUAUCAGUCGCACCUUCCCGAACCCGAUCGAUAGGUGGGCGCUAGGAGAGGCGCGCGAGACGAUAGACAAGUCGAAGAAGAAGAAACCAGUCCUACCAGUUGAUCGUGUGCAUACGCUGCUGCAGAAGGAGGUGCUGCAGUACAAAAUCGACAGUUCCGUUUCGCUGUUUCUGGUGGCCGUUCUGGAGUACAUAUCUGCCGACAUCCUGAAGCUGGCCGGGUACUAUGUGAAGAACAUACGCCACAUCGAGAUAACCCGCGAGGACAUUGAGGUUGCCAUGUGCGCCGACAAGGUACUGAUGGACAUGUUCUAUCAGGGUGAAAGUUCGAACUCGAUGGCACCGAGCCCGCUACCACCGACGCCACGUGCCAGCCUCAGCUACGAGGAAGUCGUGAAGGAGUUGAUCCACGACGAGAAACAGUAUCAACGGGAUCUGCACAUGAUCAUCCGAGUAUUCCGAGAGGAGUUAGUUAAGAUAGUUAAGGAUCCAAAAGAGCUGGAUUUAAUAUUUUCCAACAUAAUAGACAUUUACGAAGUGUCGGUAACGUUGCUGGGAUCGCUGGAGGAUGUGAUAGAAAUGUCCCAGGAGCAGACACCGCCGUGUAUUGGUAGUUGUUUUGAGGAAUUGGCGGAAGCGGCUGAGUUCGAUGUGUACGCAAAGUACGCAAAGGAUAUUACCUCGGUGGCAGCGAAGGAAGCGCUGGCAAACCUACUGGCACGACCGGAAGUAGCCAGUUCACUGAUGUCAGCUGGACACGGUUUCAAGGAGGCGGUCAAAUUUUACCUACCAAAACUACUUUUAGGGCCCAUCGGGCAUGCACAGUUAUAUUUGGACUACAUUAAGGUUUUACUACAGCUGAGCCCCUCCCAGGAGGACAAAGAGAGCUUCGAGCAGGUGCAGGGCCUGUUGAAACCGCUCCAGUGUGAGCUGCAGAGUAUUUCGUCGCUGCUGCCGAAGGAAUACUUCACCAGAGUGAACAGUCGGGCGCGGCGGCAAUCGGCGAUCGAAAAGACGCGCGAUUUGCAGAACACGGUCGAGCACUGGGACAAGGAUGUCGGUCAGUGCUGCAACGAGUUCAUCCGCGAGGACACACUGGCGAAGCUGAGCUCCGGCAAGCGGCAGACGGAGCGCAAGGUGUUUCUGUUCGAUGGUCUGCUGGUGCUGUGCAAGGCACGGAGGCAGAUCGUACCCGGAAACAACUACGAUUACCGCCAGAAGGAGCGUUUCUUCAUGCGUAAGGUGGAGAUCAUCGACCGGCCCGACACGGACGAGCUGAAGCAUGCGUUCGAGAUUUCGCCGCGCGAACAGCAGAGCGUGGUACUGAUCACGAAGAACGCCCAGCACAAGAACGACUGGAUGGCGGACCUGAUCAUGUUGAACACGAAGUCGAUGCUGGAGCGCAUCCUCGACAGUAUUCUCCUCGACAUCGAGAAGAAGCACCCGCUGAAGCUACCCAGCCCGGGGAUCUACAAGUUCGCGGUACCGGACAGUCCCUCGAACAUUGUGCUGGAGGAGCGUGAGGGUACGGGCGUACCACUGAUCAAGGGGGCCACGCUGUGCAAGCUGAUCGAGCGACUGACCUACCACAUCUAUGCGGAUCCAAUGUUCGUGCGCACCUUCCUGACCACGUACCGGUCGUUCUGUUCGCCGAAGGAAUUGUUGCAGCUGCUGGUGGAACGAUUCGACAUACCGGAUCCGGGGGUUGUGUACGAUCCGGCCAACGACAAGGAUGGGCUGGGCAGUGACACGGACAAAUUCCACAAGAACUCGCAGCGGGAGGACUGGAAGCGAUACAAAAAGGAAUACGUCCAACCGGUACAGUUUCGCGUGCUGAACGUGCUGCGGCACUGGGUGGAUCAUCAUUUUUACGACUUUGAGCGAGACUUGGAGCUGCUCGAGUCACUGGAACGGUUCCUCGACACGGUACGAGGCAAAUCGAUGCGCAAGUGGGUCGAUUCGGUGAUGAAGAUCGUGCAACGGAAGAACGAUAGUGAAGAUAAUCACCGACAGAUAACGUUUGCGUUCGGCCACAGUCCACCGGCGAUCGAGCAUCAUCUGCCGUUGAACAGUGAGAACGAGUUCAAUCUGCUUAUGUUGCAUCCCCUCGAGCUGGCACGUCAGUUGACAUUGUUGGAGUUUGAGAUGUACAAAAAUGUCAAACCAUCCGAACUGGUCGGUUCGGUGUGGACGGGGAAAGACAAGGAAACAACUAGUCCCAAUUUGUUGCGAAUUAUGCAUCACACCACGAAUUUCACCCGCUGGAUCGAGAAGUCGAUCAUUGAGGCGGAAAACUUCGAUGAGCGCGUAGCGAUGGCGAGCCGCGCGAUCGAGGUGAUGAUGGUGCUGCAGGAUCUGAACAACUUUAACGGCGUGCUGUCGAUCGUGUCCGCCUUCCAAGGGGCCGCCGUCCACCGGCUGCGGUUGACGCUGGAGGAAAUCCCCAAGCGCCAUCAGCAGGUGCUGGCCGAGUGCCGGGAGCUAAACAAUUCGCACUUCAAAAAGUACCAGGAGAAGCUGCGCUCCAUCAAUCCACCGUGCGUGCCAUUUUUCGGAAUGUAUCUGACCAACAUCCUGCACAUCGAGGAGGGCAACCCGGACUUUCUGCCGAACACGGAGCUGAUUAACUUCUCGAAGCGGCGACGUGUGGCCGAGAUUACGGGCGAGAUUCAGCAGUAUCAGAACCAGCCGUACUGCCUGAAGGUGGAUCCUAACAUAAGGCAUUUCCUAGAAAAUUUAGAUCCUUUCAAAGGAAUGAGCAUCACGGAAAUACAGAACUAUCUGUAUGACGAAAGCAAGCGGAUAGAGCCGAAAAACUGUCGUCAGCCUUUAAAAUGUCCCCGCAAAUGGCCAGACAUCUCGUUGAAGUCACCCGGUAUCAAGCCAUCGUCGCGGCGCAACAAUAGCUCCGCGAACUCUUCGAUGACGCUACCGGGUACGUUGCCGUACAGCAAGACCUCGUUGCUUACGAACAGCGACACCGGCGAACAGUCGCCUCCGGCAUCGUCGUCCUCGUCCGUGCACGAUUAUUCCAUCUUCGCGUCGGUCAACAUACACUCCACGUCCGGGGCGUCCUCCCUUUCCUCGCUGUACUACCAGCAGCAACAGCAGAAUCAACAUCCCGGGCUGCAUCAUGGCCAGCAAGCGUACGCCCAUGCAGUCCAGUAUCCGCUGCAGAGUUCCUCACAUCAUUACGGUUUCUAUCAGGGGCAUCCGGGUGGGAGCACGACACUCGGUCCCGGGUCCGGCUCGUCCGGCUCGGCCCAUUAUCACAGCGCGCACCAUCACCACAGCCAAGGGCAUCAUAAUCAUCAUCAUCAUCAUCACCAACAGCAGCACCAUCAUCACCAUCAUCCCACCUUCUCGCAGUCGAUCGCAAACCUCACGACGGCCGGCGGGGACAGCCAGAUGGCCCCGGAGAUACCGCGCCGCUCGGACAGUAUUAUACUGACCGGCACGAACGCCGCGAACCAUCUGAUAGCCGGCAGCCUGUCCGAGGGCAGCGGCAGCUACAACGGUGGAAAGCACCUGUCCACAUCGUACUAUCCUUCGGCCUCGCUGUCGACGCUCUCGUCGUCGCUCGCUUCCUCCUCUGUGGUGGGUGGUGGAUCGGUUGUAGGCGGAAGUGCCGGUGUCGGUGCGUCAACCUACUCGAUCGGAGGCAGUCUGUACAGCGGUUCCAGUAGCGAAGCAUCCGGCUAUGGUACGGCCAGCUCAGUCACGUCAUCUUCAGCGGCCAGUAUUGUUUCAAUGUCGCACAACGAUGGCGUGACGCAACUGCAGCAACCGCCACUACCAGGCACCGCAGCCGGUCAUCCUCCGGACAUUCCACCGGCGAUCAGCCCCCGGACGGAUAAGUCGCAACCGUUGCCUCCACCUCCGCCACCACCGCUGCAUGGCACGGGUGCGGGCAGCAACACGAGCAGCACCAGCAGUAACAGCACUGGCACGAUCGUGGCCAACACGACAACCGUGACGACCGCCAUCGCCAACAGUACUAGCAGUAAUUUUAGUCAUAGUGCAUCCUAUGCUAUCAAAAAUCAAAACUGUGAUUCCUCCUACACCGCCGGCACCACCGCCCCUGGUGGGAUGGCAUGCAAUUCCAUCGGUAGCGGCAGCACUGGGGUAGUGCCGCCGCCGCCGCCCCCACUUUCCAACAACUCCAGCGCCGGUCGACCGUCGUCCUGCGAGAACUCGCCCAUCUAUCCUUCCAGUCCGAAGAUCCAUCUAUCGUACAACCACUCCGGUGGCGGUGGCGGUGCGCUUCCCUCCACGGAAACGACGCCUGCUGCACCCUGUCCGCAUCAUAAACAUUGUCAACACCACGCACAGCACCAUUCGGCAGCGACCGAUGGCAGUGGUUUCACGUGGCAGCCAUAUUCCUCUUCCCCUGGGCAGCAGCAUCAGCAAGGUGAUAGCAUCGGGGCCGCGUCCCCUUGUCAGGCCUGCGGCAACGCGUGUCAUUUGUGCAAUAGUAAUUGCGACGUCGGUGGUGGUGGAGGAGGAGGUGCAGGACUGCCGAAUAAUGCCGACCUGGGCCCCAUACCGCACUCACCGCACGUCAACGUACCAAAUACACACAACGUUCUACCACCCUUGCCGCCUCCACUACCUCCUAGGGUUAAACGAAAAGAAUCUUCCACGGAGUCGUCCCAGUCGUCUCAGAUACGGCAAGCACCGGAUGCACCGACGCUACCACCGAGAGACGCUAGUCCACCACCGUUACCGCCGCGGACGCACACACAAUCCCACUAUCAGUUUGGCGUUGCCAGUCAGGGUGGAUCGACCGUGCUCCUCAACUACACGCAACCACCGUCGGCCAAUCAUCCGGGUGCCGGCGGUAGCUACACGAUGGAUCCUGCCGGUUGGAACCAUCAUUCCUCAUUCCGUAUGAAGGAUGAAUCUACAUCGUCGUCAUCGUCCUCGUCGACGCUGACGCGAGACAACUUAAACCAGCACAACCAUCAUCAGCAGGUGGCCGGCGGUAGCGGUAACCACAGCAGCAACACUAGCAGCAGUAUCGAGCAGCGAUUGUUGAUGCUGCCGCACACCAGCACCAUCAUGAUGCGCCGCAACUCGGCGAUGGAUCGUGCAUCGAAAGAGAACAUUCCCAACCUGGCCACCUCGAGUUCGCUGUCGUCCGGGCUGUCGGCGAUCGUCGUCGGCGGUGGCGGUGGAACGCCCGGUAGCGGUGCCGCCAUGACGCCGGGCCCUCCUGCUAUCCCUUCGGCGAAUCCUGGCGGCGGUUCGGUCGGCAACAGUCCGUCGGCAGUGAAGAAUAAAUCGGUACAAAAUUCGCCCAUCUCGUCGGCAGGAGGCCAGCCGACCCAGCAGCAGCAGCAGCAGCAGCAAUCGCAUCAGCCGCAACUGCAAGGAAACGUUCUCUGUCGUAGGGCGAGUACCAAUAUUUCACCCCGUUUUUCGCCCGGUGAAACGACACCGAAGCUACCGCCAAAACCGAAACAAUCCAAUCUGAAUUCAGAUCGUACAAUGUUCCCGUAUCCUAGCACCAACUGACCCAACGGAGGCCCCGGUUGCUGUGGACGCUACUUUUUACGCUAACCCUUGGACAGUGCUCAGCUGCAGUGGAAUGCUUUUGGUAGCCUUCAGCACAUAAGCCAUAUGUUACGGAACGUAAUAAUCAGCAAAACGGCACGAACGGCGAGACAACAGCAGAAAAAACAGCCCAAACGCACAGUGAGAUGAUGGUAAUCGAUCUUUGUUGUUGAUGAUUGUUAGAUGUGUUUUUGACGAGGAGGUUGACGGAAGCUUGUUUCCUAAAGAUUGUACCAAGCAGUUUUGACACUUGUAACAUAUACGCUAGGCAGUUUCGGUUCCGAGUCGAGAAGGCGUAAAACCGGAAAGUGCAGAAAAAGAAUCAAUGUUUGGAAGAGAUAAUGGGUUUGUCCCUUGGUAUUUCGGAACAACAGCACCCACACUCUUCGGUUCGACAGUUGAGUACCGGGUGGAAGGUUGCACGGAGAUUCGCUGUACUGUUCCUCUAGUUUUGUGCUUCGUGUACAUGUGCGUGUUUCUCUUUGUCUAAAAAACUAGAAGCUAGAAAGCAGCGGACGCAACGCAGGAAGGUUGUAGGAAACGAAUCAGUGCCAUAUGACGCAAAUUUUUGUUGUUUGUUUGAUAAUCGCGAUGGAGAUAAGAUGGGUGCAGCAUCCGGAGAGUGUCUGGGGCGGGGAAGAAUUAACGAUUUUUUAAUUUGAUUAUAAUAAUUUUAAUUAUCUUGCUUUGAUGCUUUUUAUUCAACCGACAAUACCACCAACAAAGGAAGGAUAAUUCUAGUGAUUUUGUUUUAAAUAUAAGAAGCAGUAUAGGCCGGAAUUUCUGGUAAAAAAGAUACGCAAUCGUAUUGUUUUAAGUCGCAUACAUCGAGCGUUCGAUAGUUUCCUCCGUGUUAUGCUAUGAAAUGAAGUACAAUAUGCGAAUAGAAAAUAUGUUACAUUGGGAAGACCAACGGUAUAUAUAUAUAGUUCUGUCUUUCGUUCUUAACAUCUUUCUCUCUGAGUCCCGAUGCAGUAGAGCUCUUGCUUAUUUAGUAUUUGUCUUCCUUUCGGUGAUUCGUUCCUCUUCCGGCCAGACACUCGAGUCCGAUGCUGCACCUAGCAUGAAGUGGUGUAGCAGGGUUUACUGCAGCCGAUUUGGAUGGAAAGGAUACUAAAAACACAAACAAAAAAAAACGAAUAACACCUUGCGUGCGGUUGACUUGUGGUCCGUUAAAGGGACUGUGAACCCGAUCAGACAUAUUUGUAUUACAACGGUACAGCCGAAAGCAAAGCUAAAUCA